AUGGGUUCGGCCUUCCGCAUGUUCUGCAUGAAGUUCUGCUGCUGCUGCUGCGCCGGUGACGACGACGACGAUGACGAAAAGCAGCCUCUAAUACCUCAAGAUCCGCUGGAGUAUUUCAACCGCGAGGUCCAGAAGCGUCGAGAUGAGGAGACCAAUCUCUGGAGCGAGCCGGGAGACCCCAGCCACUCGGAGAGAGAGGACGACCGGGCGCUUUAUUCCCUGCUGCAGGCCAGGAACAAGACCCGCAUGGGCUCCACGGGUUACCGUCGAUUGAGCGUUGACAUUGAAGCCAUGAGGGACACUCGCCGAGAGGUCAGGGACAAGUGGAAGACCAUCCUGGAAAACCUGGGGUUCAUGGCUGAGGCCGACUCCCUGCUGACGGUGUCCGCCGGCGCCUCACAUGACCGCAUGCGCAACGCCCCCGCUGCACGUGCCCUGCUCCAGACGCUGCACUCCGAGACCUCCGUCUUCAACAGCAGGGAGCCGCCCCCCGAGAGAUAUCUGUUCAUCCUGGAUCGCCUCCUGUACCUGGAUAUCGCUGAGGAUUUCUUGGCGAAGGCGAAGCGUUUCUACCCCCCCAGGGAUGACUCAGACGAGGAGACCCCGGGCCUGGCCAUCAACCUGCCCCUGCUGCUGGCCAGGGUGGAGGCCAUGAACGGCAGAGGCGAGGAGGAGGAUGACGAUGAUGAGGAGGAGAGCGGAAGAGAAGAUGGAGACUUGAGUGACAGAUCCUAA